AUGCUUUCACAUAUUAUGCUAACAGCUGCAACAGAAACAUCUGCUACAACUGUUGAAUCGGCAAUGACUGAGCUGCUGAGAAACCCUAAAGUAAUGGCAAGGGCGCAGCAGGAGAUUGAAUUUGAGGUUGGGAGAGAUCGUAUUGUAAGGGAGAGUGAUCUUGUAAACUUAAACUACUUACUAUGUGUGGUGAAGGAAACAUUUCGAUUACAUCCACCAGGGCCUUUGCUUGUGCCACAUGAGUCCACCCAGGGUUGGAAUGUGGGAGAAUACUACAUUCCACCAAAAACACGGUUAUUUGUGAGUGCAUGGGCAAUGGGGAGGGAUAAAAGCGUUUGGGAAGAUGCUUUAGAAUUCAAACCGGAGAGAUUUAUUGGAGUUGGGUUUUUCGCUCAUCUUCCUCUGGAUAAUAUACGGAUUUGUCACAAAAAAGAAGAGCCAGAGCAACAAGGGGUUAUUGGGGUUGCCACCAGGGCCACGGCCAUGGCCAGUGAUAGGCAAUCUCCAUCUUUUGCGAAGCCUUCCUCACAAGUCUCUGGCUGA